UCGAUUUUUUGUUCAGAACAGCCUAACGUUUCGGUGCCCAGCUUCGUCGGAACCUCGGCAGUCUUCGAAAAUCGAAGCACCAACUCGGAGUGCCGCCCCUUGCUCUAUUGCCGAUACAUAGAUAAUUGCUUUAUCAUCUUCGCGCUCAGGGAAAAGCCCAACAGCGAAUGGCUACCGUUUCUGAAUGUACAAAUCAGUAUCUCUCCGAGUGUGUGUGCGACAAAAUGG